AAGCCAGCCUGCAUAUUUAACAACGUGGAAUAUUAUGAUGGAGACAUGUUUCGAAUGGACAACUGUCGGUUCUGUCGAUGCCAAGGGGGCGUUGCCAUCUGCUUCACUGCCCAAUGUGGUGAGAUAAACUGUGAGAGGUACUACGUGCCUGAAGGAGAGUGCUGCCCAGUGUGUGAAGAUCCAGUGUAUCCUUUUAAUAAUCCCGCUGGCUGCUAUGCCAAUGGCCUGAUCCUCGCCCACGGAGACCGGUGGCGGGAAGACGACUGCACAUUCUGCCAGUGCGUCAAUGGUGAACGCCACUGCGUUGCGACCGUCUGCGGACAGACCUGCACGAACCCUGUGAAAGUGCCUGGGGAGUGUUGCCCCGUGUGCGAAGAACCAACCAUCAUCACAGUUGAUCCACCUGCUUGUGGGGAAUUAUCAAACUGCACUCUUACAGGGAAGGACUGCAUUAAUGGUUUCAAACGCGAUCACAAUGGUUGUCGGACCUGUCAGUGCAUAAACAGCGAGGAACUGUGCUCAGAACGUAAACAAGGCUGCACCUUGGACUGUCCCUUCGGUUUCCUAACUGAUGCCCAAAACUGUGAGAUCUGUGAGUGCCGCCCAAGGCCCAAGAAGUGCAGACCCAUAAUCUGUGACAAGUAUUGUCCACUUGGAUUGCUGAAGAAUAAGCACGGCUGUGACAUCUGCCGUUGUAAGAAAUGUCCAGAGCUGUCAUGCAGUAAGAUCUGCCCCUUGGGUUUCCAGCAGGACAGUCACGGCUGUCUUAUCUGCAAGUGCAGAGAGGUCUCUGCUUCAGCUGGGCCACCCAUCCUGUCAGGCACUUGUCUCACCGUGGAUGGUCAUCAUCAUAAAAAUGAGGAGAGCUGGCAUGAUGGGUGCCGGGAAUGCUACUGUCUCAAUGGACGGGAAAUGUGUGCCCUGAUCACCUGCCCGGUGCCUGCCUGUGGCAACCCCACCAUUCACCCUGGACAGUGCUGCCCAUCAUGUGCAGAUGACUUUGUGGUGCAGAAGCCAGAGCUCAGCACUCCCUCCAUUUGCCACGCCCCUGGAGGAGAAUACUUUGUGGAAGGAGAAACGUGGAACAUUGACUCCUGUACUCAGUGCACCUGUCACAGCGGACGGGUGCUGUGUGAGACAGAGGUGUGCCCACCGCUGCUCUGCCAGAACCCCUCACGCACCCAGGAUUCCUGCUGCCCCCAGUGUACAGAUCAACCUUUUCGGCCUUCCUUAUCCCGGAAUAACAGCGUACCUAAUUACUGCAAAAAUGAUGAAGGGGAUAUAUUCCUGGCAGCUGAGUCCUGGAAGCCUGACGUUUGUACCAGCUGCAUUUGCAUCGAUAGCGUAAUUAGCUGUUUCUCUGAGUCCUGCCCUUCCGUAUCCUGCGAAAGACCUGUCUUGAGAAAAGGCCAGUGUUGUCCCUACUGCAUAGACACAAUUCCAAAGAAGGUGGUGUGCCACUUCAGUGGGAAGGCCUAUGCCGACGAGGAGCGGUGGGACCUUGACAGCUGCACCCACUGCUACUGCCUGCAGGGCCAGACCCUCUGCUCGACCGUCAGCUGCCCCCCUCUGCCCUGUGUUGAGCCCAUCAACGUGGAAGGAAGUUGCUGCCCAAUGUGUCCAGAAAUGUAUGUCCCAGAACCAACCAAUAUACCCAUUGAGAAGACAAACCAUCGAGGAGAGGUUGACCUGGAGGUUCCCCUGUGGCCCACGCCUAGCGAAAAUGAUAUCGUCCAUCUCCCUAGAGAUAUGGGUCACCUCCAGGUAGAUUACAGAGAUAACAGACUGCACCCAAGUGAAGAUUCUUCACUGGACUCCAUUGCCUCAGUUGUGGUUCCCAUAAUUAUAUGCCUGUCUAUUAUAAUAGCAUUCCUAUUCAUCAAUCAGAAGAAACAGUGGAUACCACUGCUUUGCUGGUAUCGAACACCAACUAAGCCUUCUUCCUUAAAUAAUCAGCUAGUAUCUGUGGACUGCAAGAAAGGAACCAGAGUCCAGGUGGACAGUUCCCAGAGAAUGCUAAGAAUUGCAGAACCAGAUGCAAGAUUAAGUGGCUUCUACAGCAUGCAAAAACAGAACCAUCUACAGGCAGACAAUUUCUACCAGACGGUGUGAAGAAAGGCAACUCAGUUGCGGUUUCAAAAGACAGAAGAUGACUCAAUCUGCUCUAAAAAGUAAACUAGAAUUUGUGCACUUGCUUAGUGGAUUGUAUUGGAUUGUGACUUGAUGUACAGCGCUAAGACCUUACUGGGAUGGGCUCUGUCUACAGCAAUGUGCAGAACAAGCAUUCCCACUUUUCCUCAAGAUAACUGACCAAGCGUUUUCUUAGAACCAAAGUUUUUAAAGUUGCUAAGAUAUAUUUGCCUGUAAGAUAGCUGUAGAGAUAUUUGGGGUGGGGACAGUGAGUUUCGAUGGGGAAAUGGGUGGGAGGGUGGUGUCGGGAAGAAAAAUUGGUCAGCUUGGCUCGGGGAGAAACCUGGUAACGUAAAAGCAGUUCAGUGGCCCAGAGGAUAUUUUUUUCCUGUUGCUCUGAAGACUGCACUGGUUGCUGCAAAGCUCAGGCCUGAAUGAACAGGAAACAAAAAAGGCCUUGCGACCCAGCUGCCAUAACCACCUUAGAACUACCAGACGAGCACAUCAGAACCUUUUGACAGCCAUCCCAGGUCUAAAGCCACAAGUUUCUUUUCUAUACAGUCACAGCUGCAGUAGGCAGUGAGGAAGCCAGAGAAAUGCGAUAGCAACAUUUCUCUAAAGCGGGUUAUUAAGGAUAUAUACAGUUAUACUUUUUGCUGCUUUUAUUUUCUUCCAAGCCAAUCAGCCAGUUCCUAGCAGAGUCAGCACAUGAACAAGAUCUAAGUCAUUUCUUGAUGUGAGCACUGGAGCUUUUCUUACAACAACGUGACAGGAAGGAGGGAGAGGGUGGCGAACACCAGGCAUUUCCAGGGGCUAUAUUUCACUGUUUGUUGUUGCUUUGUUCUGUUAUAUUGUUGGUUGUUCAUAGUUUUUGUUGAAGCUCUAGCUUAAGAAGAAACUUUUUUUAAAAAGACUGUUUGGGGAUUCUUUUUCCUUAUUAUAUACUGAUUCUACAAAAUAGAAACUACUUCAUUUUAAUUGUAUAUUAUUCAAGCACCUUUGUUGAAGCUCAAAAAAAAUGAUGCCUCUUUAAACUUUAGCAAUUAUAGGAGUAUUUAUGUAACUAUCUAUGCUUCAAAAAACAAAAGUAUUUGUGUGCAUGUGUAUAUAAUAUAUAUACACAUAUAUAUUUAUACACAUACAAUUUAUGUUUUCCUGUUGAAUGUAUUUUUGAGAUUUUAACCAGAACAAAGGCAGAUAAACAGGCAUUCCAUAUCAAUGCUUUGAUCACUUACAAAUUUUUUUGAAUAACACAAAAUCUCAUUCUACCUGCAGUUUAAUUGGAAAGAUGUGUGUGAGUAUGUGUGUGUGUGUGUGUGUGUGCACGCACGCCUUGAGCAGUCAGCAUUGCACCUGCUAUGGAGAAGGGUAUUCCUUUAUUAAAAUCUUCCUCAUUUGGAUUUGCUUUCAGUUUGUUUUCAAUUUGCUCACUGGCCAGAGACAUUGAUGGCAGUUCUUAUCUGCAUCACUAAUCAGCUCCUGGAUUUUUUUUUUUUCUUCAAACAAUGGUUUGAAACAACUACUGGAAUAUUGUCCACAAUAAGCUGGAAGUUUGUUGUAGUAUGCCUCAAAUAUAACUGACUGUAUACUAUAGUGUUAACUUUUCAAACAGCCCUUAGCACUUUUAUACUAAUGAACCCAUUUGUGCAUUGAGUUUUCUUUUAAAAAUGCUUGUUGUGAAAGACACAGAUACCCAGUAUGCUUAAUGUGAAAAGAAAAUGUGUUCUGUUUUGUAAAGGAACUUUCAAGUAUUGUUGUAAAUACUUGGACAGAGGUUGCUGAACUUUAAAAAAAAAUUAAUUUAUUAUUAUAAUGACCUAAUUUAUUAAUCUGAAGAUUAACCAUUUUUUUGUCUUAGAAUAUCAAAAAGAAAAAGAAAAAGGUGUUCUAGCUGUUUGCAUCAAAGGAAAAAAAGAUUUAUUAUCAAGGGGCAAUAUUUUUAUCUUUUUCCAAAAUAAAUUUGUUAAUGAUAUGUUACCAAAAUAGAUUGACAUCAGCCUGAUUAGUAUGAAUUUUGUUGAUAAUUAAUCCAUUCCUGGCAUAAAAAGUCUUUAUCAAAAAAAAUUGUAGAUGCUUGCUUUUUGUUUUUUCAAUCAUGGCCAUAUUAUGAAAAUACUAACAGGAUAUAGGACAAGGUGUAAAUUUUUUUAUUAUUAUUUUAAAGAUAUGAUUUAUCCUGAGUGCUGUAUCUAUUACUCUUUUACUUUGGUUCCUGUUGUGCUCUUGUAAAAGAAAAACAAAUCUAAUUUCCUGAAGAAUAAAACAGAUAUAUGGCACUUGGAGUGCACCAUAGCUCUA